GGAAGACGAAGCAAGACGAUGGGCGACUCGCCACGGGGCAUGCACCUCCGGGCUGGGUCCGCCUCCAUGAUCGGCGCCGAGACGAGCUCCGCGGAGGACUACCUCGCGCGCUUCCUCACGACCAAGCUCUCGUGGAAGGGCAAGUACGAGCGCAUCUUCGCGCUGACCUCGACGCGCUUCUGCACGCUCGACCCCAAGGACUUUGACCUGACCAACACGUGGUCGUACGCCGCCUUUGUGGGCCUCGACCUCGACGCGACUGACGACCAGGUCUUUACCAUUGCAUUCAAUGGCCCUAAGAAGGAGGAGCAGCUCAAGCUCCGGUACAAGUACCGGUCGUACCUCGUGAGCGAGUUCCUUCGUCUGCAUGCGGCCUUUUGCGCGGGGUCGCCCGUGCCUGGCGCGGCGCCGGCGCCGGCGGUGGCCUCGAUCGCGUGCACCAAGCUCACGCGCCACGACACGGAAAUCAAUUGUGUCCUGGACGUGGCCGUCGACGCGGUCAUCUUCAAGCAGCCGCUCGCGUCGAGUAGUAGUAGUAGCAGUGCAAUCCCCGUGCCCCUCGGCCGCUACGCCUACACGGAUCUCGACCAUGUGACGACGCUCGCCCACUCGACGACCGGCUUUGUCCUCGGCUAUGGCGGCAAAGACAAAAUCUUCUUCUCGUCCGACCGCCGGGCGGUGCUCGGCCACAUUGAGAAGGCCGCGGCGCGCGUCGGCGUCCGCCUUACCUCGCGCGGGGCUCUCACAGUCGAGAGCGUCAAGGAGAACCGGCGCCGGUUCGUCGACGACGGCGGCGAGCUCAUGGGCGAGUUCUCGGUUCAAAAGUACUCGCCACGCUACGAGGCACCGGUCCGCCGCGUCCUGCGCGUGCAUACCAAGGUGGUCAUCGAGAUGGAUGGCCCCGACGUGGUCUCCCGCACACCGCUCAAGCAGCUCUUUGGACUUGUCCGGAAUGGUUCCUCCAAGUCGCGCUUUGAAAUCGAGCUCGUGAACGGCCAGCGCCGCCUGUACGCGUCUCGGGACCGCGACGCACUGCUUGCUUCACUUGUCGACGCCUACGGCGUCCUCGCCGAGGCCAACGACGUGCUCUCGAUUGCGCCGACGCCGAGCCACAGCGGUCUUCGCCUCCUUCCGCGUUUCGCGACCGAAGACCCGACGGAGACGCGGACGUUUUUUGGCGACGCGUCGAUCGGAUCGAUGUUUCUCAAGCGGCUCGCGGCGGUUGGCAAGUACACGGCGGGCACGGGCCAUCGCGCUGGCGUCGCGGCCGGUCGCGGAUUGGUCUCGAUCGCGUGCGAGCUCAACGCGAACGUACCGCUGACCGGCAUCCAGUACUACAGCAAGCGGUCAAUCAUUGCCGAUGCGCUCAAGCCGCUCUCGUUCCAGCUGCGGACCGUCGCGACGUGCGCGCCGCCAGCCCCCAAGAUGGCGGUCGCGCUCCUCCAGUGCUUUUGCCGCAUCGCAACGUCGUACUAUGGCUUCCUCGACAUGCUCGGGCUGCCCCACUUUGUCGAAAACAUGGUGCACUUUCUCCAAGCCGACGACGCGUUGACCGUGUACUGGGCGUCGCUCCUCCUACAGCGGCUCUCGAUGCACAAGGGCGCGGGCGCGUCCGCCAUCGGAGACGACGGCAUGGAGCCCAUGGCGCGCGGCUCCAGCGCCGACGCAGAGAUCGCCAACAAGCGCCUCAUCUUUGAGAAUGCCACGCUGCUGCAUGCGCUCCUGGCACCGCUUCAACUACGACCCAACGGCCAGUUGACGUCGCCGCUCAUGCACCUCGGCGUCCUCGGCACGCUCGAGCCGGCGCUCUGCUCGCGGCGCGCGACCACCGACCCAAAAGACGUCCAAGUGCUGGUGACGGCGCUUGUACCGUUCUACGACACGCUUAUCCGGCUCCUCUUUCGGUCGUACUGUGCGGCCACUGUCGAGGCGUGUACGCUGCUCGUCCAAACGGUUUUGGAGCUGUGCCCGAUCGACGUGGCGAGCUCGAUCAAGGACGCGGCGCUGCGCGAAGGGCUUGUGCUGCAGCACCUCUACCAAGCUAUCUUUGAUGCCGCCUUCGACCAACGCGUUGUGAGUCGGUACCUCAUCUCCAUGUGGAUGAGUCACCACCCGGCCGCGAAGAAGCUCUUGUCGCGGCUGCUUCCGCCGGGUUUGGUCUCGUGCCUCGAAAUGCGUCUCUUGUCGCCUGCCGAGAGCUACCAGCUCGACGAGCUCGAGAAGGCGUCGUUCGAGCACCACAAGGUGUCGUUCUUCAAUGCCGACCUCUCGCCGACGCAGAGUGCGUCCCUCGCGAGCCGCCCUGAUGACGCGGACGACGACGAAGACAGCUUUGUUGCGAGCAUGCGCCGGCCCAACGCGGCGUCCGACCACGCGUUGUUUGAGGACGAUGUGGCCGACACCAUUGUGCUGCCAUCGUCAUUGCCCGCGAGUACGCGGAGCGAACACCUCUUCCCCACCCGCAGUGAAGGCGCGCGGUCCAACGUGCCCGACGUCGCGCUGCCUCGGCUCGUGGGCAAGCUGCAUUCGGAGCCCCGAGAGUCGCCGAACGUAUAUCAAGACCCGGCGCCGCGCCGCGCGCAUCGACCGGCGUCGAGCGUCGGCAUGCAUCUCUCGCUGCUCAAGCGUGCGUUCGUGACGCGUCGGCCGUCCAAUGUCCCGUCCGACGCGGCCGUCAUCAAGCCCCAGGAGAACUUCCGCAUCCUCUUCCACAUGCUGCAGCAAGACCACGACACGGUCGACUUGCUCUGGACGCCAACGACGCGCGACGAACUGCGUGCAGCGCUUGUGCGCGAGAUCCAAGUGUUUCGAGACCACCAAGCCCACGAGGCGCGGGCCGUGUGGAACUAUGAGGAGUUUCGCGUGACUUACCACAGUCUCGCCGCCGCGCUUAUGGUCGACGGGCUGCAUUUACGCCGGCUGGUCGCAAGUCACGAGACAGACAACGACGAAGAUGACGACGACGACGACGAGGACACGUGGCAGCCACCGUUGCACAUGGAGGACAUGCUGCUCAAGCAGCCCAAGCGAUUCGUCUCGGCACUCUACAAGCGCUUCUUGCGCGAGUACCCGUACGCCGAGUUUCGCGGGCAGUUGGCGACGACGACGACGCUCCUGCACGUCCUCGCGCGCGUUACGUGGCUCUACGAAGGCCAGUACAACUUGUGUGCCGACGACGUCCAUCAUUUACUGACGCUGCUCACUGAGACGCGGCGCAAGGACAUUCUUCUCGUCGGUCUUCGCGCGCUCCGUGCGAUCACGAAGUGCCCAGCCCAUGCCGCCAAAUUGCUCUCGAACGACGCUGCGAUUCCGUGGCUCGUGCAGCUGGUGCAGAUGGCCCACGUUGCCCAGCGGAUCGAGGAUGAUGAUGACGCGGCUGCGGCAUGGUGUGUCCAUCUCGGUGACGCGCCGUGCACUGGGCCGCUCACGGUCGCCGGCCUCGCGGCGGCCAUCGCUGGCGUCGACGUCAAGACAUGUCUCUUCCAUGUGCACCACGAUGGCGCGGGGGAUUGCGUGGGGCGAUGCCAGCCACUGGAUGCAAUUCCGCAGCUGCGCUGGGAGCUUGGCUUGGAUGCGACCAUUGCGACGUCGGCGGUCGCCGUCGCCCAUGAUGCCAUCCACAUUGUGUGCGACCUUCUGCACGCGAACCCGCUUCUCAUGGGGCACACCAAGGUGUUUCCAGCGCCGGCGGCGAUGCGGCAGACGCACGACCACCUCGGUGGGCUCGUGCCGCUCCUCGCGCAGUACGAGCGCCCGGGGCUCGCCGAGCAUGUUGGUCACAUCCUCGUCACGCUAUUUGACGGACAGCUGCCGAUUCACGACGUCGGGUCUGCGUUCGCCGACUUUGGCCGGUUCCUCCAGCUCGCGUACGCCAAGCAAGUGCGUCCCGACGGCACGCCCCGCGCGAUUCUACCAGAGCUCCUCCCGGCCGCGAUGCUGUCGCAUCUGGAACGUCUCUCCAAGCACCAAGUGGCCGACCUCUUUUGCACCACCGACAUUGCAACGCCCAAGGUCAUCUGGAACACGCGCAUGCGGGCGACGCUCCGGGACGCGUGCAUUUCGCACGUCGCGGACUUUAAGCGCCGUUUGACGCAGCAGGUCGCGGCCACGUACUCGUAUGCGCCGAUGGCGCCGGUGCGCUACGCCGAUCUUGACGACGAGGUCUACUGCUUUGGCUUUUACUUGGACCAGUUUGUGCGUGCGAUCGACUCGGGCGACGUCGUGCCGCUCGACGAUGCCAGCGCCUUUCUGCGGCAGCUCACGGUUGCAUGGCGCGACGAAGUCGACCGGGCCGGUGCGUCCAUGACGUCUGAAGAGGCCGCCGAUGUACUUGGGCUGGCGUCGCCGACGGCCGACUUGCGCGCGAUUCGGGCCGCGUACAAGAACAAAGCGACGGCGACGUGCCCCGAGUACGCUUUGGACGACCGCGGGCAGUUUGACGACGUGCAGGAAGCGUUCCACGUCCUCACAUCGCCACGCCCGAGUCUCUUGACGCCUGGGUACGAUGCCGUGCGCUUGCGCCUCCUUCUGCAGACCCAAGUCCGUCUUUGCCGUGUCUACGCGACGCAGCUCUACAACGGAUCGGCCUUUGACAUGUUUGACCUGCUCUUGGGCUUUUUGCAAGAGCACUGCACGGCGUCGGCGCGCAUGCCGAGCCUGACGACAGCAGACCAGCACGACGCGCUCGUGCGACUGGCCGCCGAGCUCCUCCUCGAGUCGUGUAUCGUGCUGCCGGCGGCCAACGGCGCGGCGCUGCUGGCCGAAGCCAAGCGCGACGUCCUCGAGGAGGUGCUCUCGCACUGCGUGGACCAUGUGUGCGUCGGCGAAGCGGAUUCGUCGCUGUACGCGGAAGUCGCGAGUCACGUUGUGCAAACGAUCGCGAUGCUUGCGACGACGCCGGCGGGACGCGACUGGAUGCUGACGAGCGAGAGCCUUUUGCACGACCUCUGGCGUCUUCUCUGGCUCUUCCAGCAGCGCCUCGAUGACCCUACAUCGGGCUACCUGUACCGCAGUGUGCGCUACGCGCUGGAAGCGCUUCUGGCCAUGACCGAAGCCCGUGCGCUCCAAGACAAGCUCGUCGCGUCCACGGGGAUCCUCUGGCACUUGCUGCAGCUGCUCUUUGCGUACGACCCGUCGCUGGACGUGUCGACAUCGCAGAUUGUCGUCCAGAAAACCAUCUUGUUUGACCGCCACGCGCCGCCGUCCUCGAUCGUCGAGGUCGUUGCCGAAUCCAAGAACGUGCUCGGCGACUUGGCACUCGGUGUGCUCGCGCGGCUCUGCGGCAUCUUCCAGGACGCACCGGCGCACAUGGCGGCGCUGGAGCUCUGCUCGGCGCUCCUGACGCCCAAUAGCAUUGCGUUCCUUCGCAAGCAAAAGAACCGGCACGCGUUCUUUACCAUGUUUCACGGAGACACGACGUCGCCGCACCUUAUCUGGACGUCGGCGCUUCGCACAGAGCUCCGUGCGUACUUGGCGCCGAUCGUCGGCGAUAUCGUGUCGGUGCCGAGCCGCGACGACGGUAUCCGCUUCCGCUUUGCAGCACUCGCGACGCACUGCGUGGUUGCCACGGUCUACGUGGCACCGCUGCUCGACGUCUUGUCGAGUGCGACCGAGACGCCGUCGGUCGACUUGGUGCGGUCUCUUGCGUUGUCCGAGGCGUUUUACAUUGCGCUCUUCAACUUUGUCCAGACCGGCAAGCGCGAUCUGCCAGCGUCCGUUGGGUACGACCUCGACGCGUCGGCCAUGUUGAGCUACCGCGAAGUCGCGCUGCGCAUUCUCGCGUCCGUUGGGUACGACCUCGACGCGUCGGCCAUGUUGAGCUACCGCGAAGUCGCGCUGCGCAUUCUCGGUUUGCUGGCGCCGCUCGCGCCGGCCUUGGUGGAAGUCGGCUGCCUCCGAUCCAACAGCGGUCUCUCGACGGUCAUGAGCUUCGUCUUGCCGCCGACGCACUCACUGUUUGCUUCGUCGGCGCUCGAUGUCGGGUUUGCCCAUGUAUUGGUCCCGCUCGAGAUCUUUGACCGCUUCCGAGAAAGCACCUUGCGCCUUUUGCACGUGCUCGGCGGCAGCGAGACCAUUGGGAAUGCGCUCUUCCAAGCCGACCUUGUCGUGCUGCUGUUGCACGCGAUUCUGGUCGAAGACGACGUGAGCGCCGAGAUGCUGCGCGUCCUCUAUCGCCUCGUGACGGCGGCGCCGUCGAUCGCCCGGUUCGUCGUCGAGUCGAUCUGGAUGUACCACCUCUUGUUGUGGUUGUUUCCCGAUCCGUCAAGCGUGACGGACCACGACUUUGGCAAAAUCAUGCAAGUCCCCGCGGCCGACGUCGUCACGGCCCUCGCGGCGCCCAAGAGCGUUGUGAGUGAGGAGGCGAUGAACGUCUGCAUCCGAUUCGUGCCCGUCACGCUCAUGUACGAGAUCAUGUCGGCGCCUUUGAACGUCGAGCGCAUCGUGCAGGGCAAGUACGAGUCGCCCGACUUGGUGUGGAACGACACGAUGCGGGCGCACCUGCGUCGCGGGCUGCAUCAUUUGGCGCUGCUCGUGCACCAAUCCAAGGCCGGCGACGUCAACGACGAGCUUCUCGGGCUCGAGAUCGACUACGCCGAGGUGUACUCGUACCCGGUCGUUGGCGACGUGUACCUUCUCUUGUACCUCGAGAACCCGAUCUAUCCGCUUCGCGACCCGAAAUUCUUCCUCGAGUGCUUGGCCGAAGACUACGAGAAGAUUGUCGGCCAUUUGCUGGACGCGCCGUCGGACGCGGCGCGGUCGAGCUUCAACCCAGACCUCGUCAUGCUGCGUCGGCAGCAGGCGCAAGUUCUGCCGCUCCUCACGAGCUGCAUCAUCUGCGUCCUCCGCGUCUUCCCCGUGCUCCUCGAGACACUUAUCUCGCUCAAACUGCACGAGAAGGCGUGCGGGCUCUUUGUGAGUUAUCAGAGCCACCACAAGGAGUCGCGCGACGACGAGAUUCUCGUCUGCGAGCAGAGUUUGCUGCGGCUCUUCCGCGUUCUCUUUACGUCGCCCAAGGUCGUCUCGGCGCUCGCGUACUCGCCGUACAACAUUUUAAGCCGACUCUUUGCCCACGUGUAUCUGCGGCGACAAGGCGAGUACCACGCGGAGGCCGGCUUCCUGCUCGAGUGCGUCCGCCGGUUCGUCCGCAAUUUUCCCGACAAUGGCGACCGCAACUCGGAUCGCAAUGUCGUGUCGAUCGUGUGCAGUUUCAACCUCCUCGAGUCGCUCCUCGAGCUCAUUGAACACCCGAUGACGCUCCAGCGUGUCCUCAACCCGAUUUUGACGCGCGCGACGAUCGUUGCGAUCCUCGUCGACCUCGAGAACCACAAGACCCAAGGCAACGUCGCGCACAGCAUCCUCAAGAAGAACAAGAAAUGGGACAAGGUCUACCGCCACGAGCCGACCGACGCGGUGUGGACGCAGCCCGAAGACAAGUUUUUAACCGGGCCGGCAGCGUCGGCCGAUGCGAUGAUCCGACAGUACCUCGCCCACAAGACGCCGAGUGUCUCGACCAACACGGGGCCCGUGCCGCCAGCGCCGUCGUCGGGGAAGCGCAAGCUCAACGUCAAGGGGUUCUUUGGCCACUAAGCUCCGUAGCAUGAUGGCAUGUACUCUGUGGUUGACAUGAACGGUUUGCAUUUGCGAAAAGAGAGUAUGUCCGUA